AUGCCAUCUUCCCUAUUUGAAAUCGUGGGAGGGCACAACACCGGACAAGCAGGGCCUGAUUAUGGUCCCUUUGUGUUCGACAUCGCGUUGCUCGGGUAUCAGGUUUGCCAGCCAUUCCAGCAUUUGACACAUUAUGCGCCCUUUCAUGCACCUUUUUUUGACAUGAUGGUUACUCUAGAUUACAAAAAACGCUUCACCGCCGUGGAGGCCCUACAGUUCUUCGAGGACAUGUAUUCGCUUCUUACCCAAGAGCAGUUGCAGGCUUCUCCGCCAAAUUGUUCCAUCAAUAUUGACUAUUGCAUCUUCAAUCGCUGGAGAGACCUGCCCCCGGAACUUGUCCAGCGAUGGACGUCAUAUCGAGAACCCCCGAUGCCCAUGGUCGACCAAAGUGCUGCGUUACAUAUGCGACUAUCCUCGGAUUCAUCGUGUCAUCGUCUAUGUUCGACGAAUGUGGAGUCGACUUAUGGGCCCUGUGUUGCCCUUCGCUUUGACCAUUAUCAGAUAUCCUCAAAAGCUUGGAUAUCCUAUGCACUUCCAUCUGGCAUUAUUUAGUCAUGCGCCCCAACAUCUCACCAAAUAAGGGCCCGAAUGAGCCAUAACGAUUGCCACAUAAAUGAUGAAUCAAUGCACCCAAUCUGGUUCAUGGUAAAACACGCGUC